UAAAUUUCACCUCUCUCACCCUCUCUCUCUCUAAAAUCCCAAGAAAGGGCGAACAAGAAUUUUGUGGGGGGACGUCCUCAAGAGCCAAUUCAAUUCGACUUUUUUUGGGUUCAACACCAUUGAUUGCUCGAUAUAUACGAUACCCAGUACCCUCAAGAUUCGAGUUUUAGAUCUUGCUCUGAAAUAUAUCAUGUCUUUAAUGGAGGACAAGUUCUUCAUCCCUGAGGAAGAAGAAGGCGAGUGGGAAAAGGAAAGAUAGAAGGUAUCCCCCCCCAAAAAAAGGCAAUCAGUUGCUGUGUCGUGAAGCUUAAACGGAAUAUUCCUCCUCGAAUAAUUCUGUUUCACAAGUCAAGAUCGUGCUUUUACGUCUACCCAGCUUCGAUUCCGCCAUUACCAAUACAUAAACAUGCCGACGGGUGCUGUAAUAAGCGAAUCCAUGGUGAUAACUCCCUCCGGGCCGGGCUCGGGCCAAACCGAUGUCGACUUCGCGAAAUGCGAUUGCUGUGGGCUGACGGAGGAAUGCACCCCUUCUUACAUCGAAACCAUUCGCCAGAGAUAUGGCGGGAAAUGGAUCUGCGGGCUCUGUGCAGAGGCGGUGAAGGAGGAGAUGCUGAGGUGUCAGAAGCUGAUAAGCCCCGACGAGGCGAUAGCCCGCCAUUUGAGCUUCUGCAAUCAAUUCCGGCCGUCGGAUGAAAGUAAGGAUAUUAAUAAUCCGACGGUGGAUUUGAUCCGGGCGAUGAGGCGUGUCCUGAGGAGGAGUUUGGAGAGCCCCAAGUCGUCUAUGAGGAUGAGGAUGAUGAGGUCGAUGCCGAGUAGCCCAACAAACUCCAAGAACAGAUCAGGUGAACUCAUUAGCACUGUCGUCUUGGCUCGAUCGGAGAGCUGUAUGCCCACCUUCACAUCUGCAGAAGAAGAAGAAGGAACCACCAUUCUGUGACAGACAGACAGAUUAGUACAAAGUAAGUAAGUAGUUCUCUAAACUUAGACAAGAAUCACCAAGAAUGAAUCAGGGAUGAAUGGAAUUGAAUUGAAUGAAUCAAAGGUAGAUGGAUGGAAAGUCUUCACUAGUCUAUGUAAUAUAUAUGUAUAUGUAUAUGUAUGUAUAUUUGAUCAGCAAUUGUAAAACUGGCAGGAAUGGAUAAUAAUCAUUUGAUGGAAUGACAAGAAUAAAGGGUUAUUGUU